GCAGUCGCGCGCUUGCACUCUCAGCGGUUGGCGGAGGCUGAGUUUGUUACGCACCAAAAUAAUCAUUACAUACGCGAGUGUUUGUUAUUUUUAUUUUGUCUAUAAAAUAAUAAACUCAAAUUUAAUUAAUUUUAAAAUAAAAUAAUAAACAACAACAAUAAUACAACUAAAUUGUGUCUAAUAACUGUAUAAUUGUGUAAAACACAUUGCAAAUAAUCCUCAAGUUUUGAUUCGCGGUUGGUAAAAAAGAGGUAUUAGUGUGAAAAAAAAAAAAAAAAAACAACAUAAAUAAAUAAAAAUAGUAUAAUGAAAAAAUAACAAGUCACAAGUGCAAAAAUAAAAGUAGGGAGAAAAAUUGCAAAUAAAUAAAAUAAAAACCAUCGUCUGACUGAAAAAUAAAAAAAAAAUAUUUAAAUAACAAGUGAGACAGAAGAUUUUUUUUGAUACUUAAGUGAUAGCAUACAUCCUUAUUAUCAUCAUCAUCAUCAUCAUCACCACCUAUAUAUUGAAUAUUAAAAAAAAUAUAUAUUUAUUGUGUGUGUGUGAGAGUGGAUUUAAGUGUGUGUGUUUGUGUGUCAUGUGAGUGUCUGUGAUGUGUGUAUUUUAUCACAUUAUAUUUAUUUGUGAACACUAAAGUUCGAUUGAUUUUAUUAUUCUUCACAUUAAAUAAUAUAAUUAAUUAAUUUUUUAAUAAGUGACGUGUAUUAUUUAGUUGAUACAUAGUGCAUUGAUAUACAAAUACACAUGAAAAAUAAUUAAUUUUAGUGGUUGUGUGUUUGUUUACAAGUUGACAUGUUUAUUUAUUGAACAAUAAUAAUAAUAAAUAUAUAUUUAUUUAUUAGAAGAAUAUUAUUUGAUUCAAAGUGAAAUUGGAGUUUGUUAUAUGGUGGUCGAGGUGAAUGUGAACAAAGAGGACAAUAUUAUAACUGAGGGCAAUGUGGCUCAGUGGGGAAACGCGAGGAGGUGAUAACGACUUCUGACCUUGAAUUGUCUGGAUCCAACAGUUGGGAUCCUAUUAUUAAUUAAUCGACCAACUAAUAUCGAUUGUUCAAGUGAAUUUAUAAUCUGCAUCAUAAAUAUUAAUCAACAACAAACAAAACAUAAAAAAAAACAACGUAUAAUAAUACAACACAUUAAUAACGUGUUUAUUUAAAUCAUAUGAUAAACAAAUAUAUAGUUUCUACCUUCAAAUAAUAUACCUCGUACCUACAAGUACCUUCAAACAUCUACCUUUCACACAGCGCAAUAGUGCCUGGGUCACCGAGUUCAUAAUAACAAAAAAAAAAAUAUUAAAAAUAAUCAAUAAUAAUAUAAAAGCAUAAUAAAUUCACAAAUACACGCACAAUUAAACUUUAAUACGUUGAUUAUAAAUUGAAAAAACGUAAAGUUAAUUUUUUUUGAAAAAAGGGACAGUACCUGCAAAAAAAAAAAAAAAAUACAUAUAUAUGUUGAGAGAAUAUAUAAAAAGAAUACAGUGAAUAAUAAUUAUAAACUUUUUUUUGCGAAGAAAAAGAAAAUUAUUUAAUUGAGGAUUGAAUAACUAUUAAUAAACAAUAAAAAAUAAUUAUUGUGAAGAGUGAAAUAUUGAGUCAUCUUGUGCCAGAACGAGUAUCAUUGGAUUUUUGGAUAAAUCAUUUGUCAGCAUCACAUUAAUGAUUUUCAAGACAUUGUCUAGUAACAGUAUUCAAGAUUGAUUGAUAUCUUCAGUAAGAUUUAUAGUAACAGAAUUGAAAAUUUCAAGUAAAUUCUGUAGAAUUGAGUUAUUAAAAUAUAAAUAAUACUCUUUUCAAGUAACCAGAUUGACCUCUAUGUGACAAGAUAAGAAAGAAAAAUAUAUAUAUAUAUUAAAUAUUUUCAUGCAACAUUUGAUUAUUUUUCAAAACAAAAAAAAAGGAAAAUAAAUAAAAAUUUUAUCAAGUAGACAAUGCCAUAGAUAUAUGCAUAAUUUAAUAAUGAUUAAAAAUCAAGUGGAAAUAUUAACAAGUUUAAAUUAUAUAACUUGUGCUCUCCCACCAAUACUCAUACUAAUCAUCAACAUUUAAAACAAGAACUAUAAAUAUAAAAUUUUAAAUAAAUAAAAAAAAAAAAAUAUUGAUAAAUGUCAAAUAUAAAAACAUCAUAUAGGGUACGUAUUAUAUCGUACUAAAUUAAAAAGUAACACUCAAUGUCAAUAUGCGAGGUGUUGCUAGUGGUUCUGGAUCAUCAUCAUCAGUAAUUUUUAAACCAAAUAAAAAACGUAUUACAGUAACAAAUAUAGUUAACAGUAGUAAUACAACCGCAUUGCGGUACAAUGAACAAUUGUUUGAUACAAAAGAAAUUAUUAAUCGAACGACAAGUAAUAAUAAUAAUAAUAAAAUUAAUAAUAACAACAAUAGUUGUGUUAAUAAUAUUAACAAUAGCUAUAAUAAAAUUAAUAGUAAUAAUAAAAAUUAUUAUUACAACAACAAUAACAACAAUAACGACAACGAAAAUAAUAACAACAAUAAUAGGACUAGUGAAAGAAUUCAUAAUAACGACGAAAUGGGUACGGGUGACAUUGCAUUGGCACCCACAUCCAGGAUAAGUCCACCGACAAGUAUGGACACAUCAGAAGUACCACAUAGUAUGGUUGUUGGUGGUGGUGGUGGAUCUGGUUUAGCAUUAGUUAAAGCUGAAACACCUGAACAUAUGGCUGGUACAUCAAUUGGUCCAAAAGCAGCAUCAACUGUUGUAUUACCAGUUGGUCCAUGUAAUGCAUUAUUUGCUGGUAUUGCUAGUAGUAAUAAACGACCAAGACCAGAUGAUUGGCUUGCACCAAAUCGUCCAACAACACCACAAGCAUUACCAAGUCAACCACUUGUUUAUACAACACCACAACAACAAUUUGAACAAAUACAAUUUUCACAAAAUCAACAAAAUUUAAAUCAAUUAUCACAACAACAACAACAGCAGCAGCAGCAACAACAACAACAACAACAGCAACAGCAGCAGCAGCAACAGCAACAACCCAUGACACUCACAAUAAAUACUGUUCAACCACAACAACAGCAGCAGCAGCAACAACAACAACAACAACAACAGCAACAACAGCAGCAGCAGCAACAACAACAACCAUCAAGUAAUGGUUAUGUUAGUCCCAUGAGUGCUGGAAGCUACGAUCUAUACAGCCCAAAUGAAAAAAUUGGAAGGGAUGAUUUAUCACCGCCAAAUUCAUUAAAUGGCUAUAGUGCUGAUAGUUGUGAUGCAAAAAAGAAAAAAGGACCAACACCAAGACAACAAGAAGAAUUAUGUCUUGUUUGUGGUGAUCGAGCAUCAGGUUAUCAUUAUAAUGCACUUACCUGUGAAGGAUGUAAAGGAUUUUUUCGACGUAGUAUAACUAAAAGUGCUGUAUAUCAAUGUAAAUAUGGAGGUAGUUGUGAAAUUGAUAUGUAUAUGAGACGAAAAUGUCAGGAGUGUAGAUUAAGAAAAUGUCUAAAUGUUGGUAUGAGGUCUGAGUGUGUUGUACCAGAGUAUCAAUGUGCUGUAAAACGAAAAGAAAAAAAAGCACAAAAGGAAAAAGACAAACCAAACAGUACAACAAAUGGUUCACCUCGUAGUAUUGAUAGAGUUGGAGUUAAAGUUGAACCAUCUGAAGCUGAAUGUUUACAAUUAUCUGGUAGUGAUAAUGCAAUGAUAUCAGGUUCUUUAAAUAGUCCAAGACCUGUAACAACUGAACAAGAAGAACUCAUACACAGACUUGUAUAUUAUCAAAAUUUUUUUGAACAUCCCAGUGAUGAGGAUCUUGCAAGAAUUUCGUAUUAUCAACCAUCAGAAGGUGAUGAUCCAAGUGAUGCUGGAUUUAGGCAUAUUACAGAAAUGACAAUAUUAACAGUACAAUUAAUUGUUGAAUUUGCAAAAAAUUUAUCGGGUUUUGAUAAAUUAUUACGUGAAGAUCAAAUAGCAUUACUUAAAGCAUGUUCAAGUGAAGUUAUGAUGCUUAGAAUGGCAAGAAAAUAUGAUGAAAAAACUGAUAGUAUUGUAUUUGCAAAUAAUCAACCUUAUACUAAAGACAGUUAUAGUUUAGCUGGUAUGGGUGAUACCAUUGAGGAUUUACUUGGUUUUUGUAGAUAUAUGUGCAACCUAAAAGUCAACAAUGCUGAAUAUGCACUAUUAACAGCAAUUGUAAUAUUCUCAGAACGACCAAAUUUAAUAGAAAGUUGGAAAGUUGAAAAAAUACAAGAAAUAUAUUUGGAUGCAUUAAAAGCAUAUGUUGACAGUCGUAGAAAUGUAAUUAAUAUAAAUUCUGGUGUUGCUUAUGCAAAAUUAUUGUCAGUAUUGACAGAAUUACGUACACUUGGUAAUCAGAAUAGUGAAUUGUGCAUUAGUUUGAAGCUCAAAAACAAAAAGCUACCUCCUUUCCUUGCUGAAAUUUGGGAUGUGGUGCCGUAGUUUUAUUUUAACAAUAAACAAUAUAUAUUGUUGAUUAUAAAAAUAUUUUUCAAAAAUUAUUAUUAUUAUGUAUAUGCAAUUAUGCAUUUUAUUUUUAAACGACGAAGUUAUGUGUGGCAUGAGUCACUUUUGUACCAGUGCACCACUAUGCCACUGCCUCGUCGUCAUAAAAUCAUGAAUUUUUUUUUUUCUUAAUUUUAUUAUUAUUAUUCGUUAUUUAUUUAUUUAUUUUUUUUUCAUUCUUUUUCUUUUUUUUAUAUACAUAUAUAUGUAUAUAAAUAUAUAUUGUAUAAAUAUAGUCUAACAAUACCUCGAUAAAAUUCAAAAAAAAAAGAAAAAACAGAAGAUAAAAAAAAAAAAUUCAGGCAAUGUAAAAGUUAAAAAUUCAGGAAAAUGUUCUUGUUUUUUUUUUUUUUGUUAUUUUCUCUUUUUAUUUUCUUCAAAAAUUGUUGGGAGAUAAGAAGAGAUUAAUAUGUGAUGUUGAUUGAAAAUAUUAGAAUGAAAAUGAAAUAUUAAAAAAAAAGAAAAAGAAAAAAAAAUAAAAAAAUAAUAAAGGCAGUGGCGAAGGCACCCAGGCUGUGAUACGUAGAGACAGUUACAGAGACUAUAUACGAAACUAUUCUACACUUAUAUAUAUUCACAUAUAUAUAUAUAUAUAUAUAAAUAUACAUUAAUAUUAUUAUUAUUAUUAUUAUUAUAAACGAUGAAAUAAAUAAUUGAAAAAUAAAAAAAAAACUCUUAUCCCUCGGCUACCCUUUAUUCUUUAAUAUAAAAUAACAAUAUUUAAUUAAUAAUAUUAAAAAAUAUAAAUAAUAUUAAUAUAAUUAAUUAAGAUUUUAAGAAAAUUUAAAAUUAAUGCGAUUUGUAAAUGUGAAUUGUACAGCGUUGGUGUGAGACUGAAAAAAAAAAAAAAAUUGAGAAAAGGUAAUGAAAGAGAGAUUUCAUAAAUUAAAAAAAUAAAUUGUUAAAUACUUCAUGAAAAAAAAAGGAUAAAUGUUUUUUUUCUUUUCUUUUCUUUGAAUACAUUAAAUGCGGGCGUAUUGUAAAAAAGUAGAAGAGUAAAAUUAAAUAUAACACAUUGGUUUUUUUUUUUUUUUUUAGAGCUAGUAGGAGAAGGCACUGUUGAGCAGUACCUGUGGAAUGAAAAAAUUUGAUGUGAGAUUUAAUAAACAAAUAAUAAUAAUAAUAAUAUGAAUACAUAAUACGAUAGAGUCUAUAUCACAACACAUAGCAUAAUAAUAUAUUGCCAUCGUGUACGUUAAUCGUGCAUGAAAGCAGGGAAGCAUAUAUAACAAAUAUGUUGAUUAACAAAUAUAAAUAAAAGUUAAAAAAAAAUACAAACAAACAAACAAUCAAUCACAAAAUAAUAAAAUAUUAUAAAAAUAAAAUCUGAGAGUUGUAGGCAAAAUAAUAUAAACAUAUAAAUACACACAAGUACACAGACAGACAGACAUACACAUGUACCAUAAAAAUAAAAAGAAAAAAUAAUUUAGAUUUUAAAUAAUGAAACUAGAGUGAUUAGACAAAAAAAAUAAAAAAAGGUCUUUAGUCAGAGUCAACUUGGCUUUUUUAGGUGACUGUGUCAAAGUGCAAAGCCUUGUGCCUUUGGACAUUGGCUCACCAGCAAACACAAAUAAACUUUCAAGUAUAGACAAAAGUAUAAAAAUUAUUAAAUUUUAAAUAAAAAAAAAAAACCAACAAAAAAAAAAUUAAAUAAAUGAAAAGAAAAAAAAAAAUAACAAUAAAAUUAACCGUCCGUUUUAAUUUUUUAAUAAAUGAAAUAAACAAAAAUUAUAAAUAUUGUAAAUUCGGGAUUGAUAGAAACAAUUAUUAGUCGAGAGAGAGAGAAAUGAAAAAUGAAGUUUGUGAGAUAUAUUGAUGGUGAGUUAAAUCAUGUAAAAGUUAGUUAAAAAAAGAGUAAUGAUAAUUGGAAUAAUGUUAUGAUGAAAAAUCAAUGAUUAUGGUAUGUUUGUAUAUAUAAAAUGUGAUUGACGAUUCAGUACAACUGAAGAUAAAUAAAGUGCAAAGAUAAAUGAAUUAUUUAAAAAAAAAAAUUAAGAAAUGUUUAUAAAAAUGAUGGCUAAUGUUUCCUUCCUCCGGGUAUUUAAAUGAAAAUAUAUAUUUUUUUUUCAAAGCCGUAACAUGAUACGCAUCAAAAUUUAUAAAAACAAAACAAUUAUAAUUAUAUUUCAAAAAUUAAAAAAAAUAAAACAACCGUAAAACUUUAUUAAAAAAUAUAUAAAAUUUAUUCAGUGACAAAAUAAAAAUAAAUUAAUAUUUCGAUGAAAAUUAAAAUAAAAAAAGUGUUACAAUAAGAUUCUCGAUGUUGUAAAAUUGUAACUAUGCUAUUACGUAGUCGAAUCAUUCAAAUUCAUAACGUCAUAAUUGUGUGUAAGCGUAUUUUAAAAUUGAAAUUUAAAGAAAAACAAAAAGUGCAUCUGUUAAGCACGAAUGAAUAAAAUACUUCAGUUAUUUUUAAAAUCAAUUUAACAUCAAAUAUAAACAUUGAAAUUAAUAUCAUCUCAUAAAUUGAAAUAAGAAAUAAAAUUAAAAAUAUAAUUACGUGUCAUGUUAUAGUUAAGAGCGGCAGUAUAAAAAUAAUAAUAUUAUUAAAAUCAUUAAUAUAUUAAAACGAAAAAAAAAAUUAAUAAUAACAAUUGUCAUUCUGUUUUCAAUAAUUAUUUGGAGAAUUUUCAUAACAUGUUUGAUACACCUAAACAUUCGUGUCCCAACAAAAAAAUAAAUAAAUAAAUAACCCUUAAAAUCAUGUAUAAACUCCAAAAAAAAAAAAUCGAAAUAAUUUGAAUUCAGAAUGACAUAGAUAAUCAUCAAAUCGAUAUUCAUUUCAUAUGUAGAACCGCAAAAAUAGACACUGCCACAAACAGUUUAUAGCAAGAACACCAUCAUGAAAAAUUAAAUUUCUUUUGAAAUAUUAAAAAUAAAAAAAAAAAACAAAUUAACGUUCAUUUAAAUUGCAUGAGGACAUUGUCAUCACCAAAAAAAUAAAAGAAAAAAUAUAUUAUAUAAAUACAUAAAACACAUUACACAAAAACAACACAAGUAAUAAAAAUAUGAAUCAAGUCUCUUACCACCAUUGCCGUACCUCAUUAACUCGUAGGAACUUAGAUCUAUCGUUAUAGAAACGUAAUUUAAAUUAAAUAAUAAUAACAGAUGAUAAAAGAAAAUAAAAAAAAAUAUAUAUAUUAAAAAUUAAACAACAAAGACAAUGAAUAACUCGACCUUGAUUAAUCGCUAUUGUAUACAACCGCACACAUUUGGCUCUAGAAAAAAAAAUUUAAAUAAUAUCAACAUGACAUUGUGAUUGCUUAUAGCUCGAAUCGCUUGAGCCGCGAGGUUUAAAAUAAUUUUAUUUGGAUAAAUCAAUAUAUUAUUGAUAAAUAAUAUAAAUACUUUUGAUCGAUUAAAUUUUUUCUUAACUCUCAAAGUAAUUUUCAAUUUUUACAAAACGAAAAAUAGAUAAAAAAACAAUUUAAUUAAAAACGUAGACGGCGGGUCGAAUUUAUUAUUUUAUUAUAAAUUUUUAAAUAAUAUUUUUUAUUUAUUUAAUGUUUUAUUUGAUGGAAAAAAAUAAUAGAAAUGAAACACAAAAAUUAUCAUAUAUACUUACACAAAAAGGGAGAAUUUAAAAUUAAAAAAUUUGUCAAUGCGCAGGUUUUUUUUUUGGAAAAUUAAAAGAAAAAAAAAUAAUAAUUAAGUGCAAAAAUAUUAGUUGUAUAUGCAAUUAUACGAUCACUGCCAAAAGGCGUUACUGUUGACGUCAGUUAAAUUAUUAUUAUUAUCUUGUUGUUGUUUUUUUUUUAAACCACCAUGUAAAUUACCAAAUGAGAUAUUGUUUAUUAAUAAUUAUUAUUAAAUUAUUAUCAAUAAACUCAAUUGGUUAAUUCAUGUGUCGGUUAAUUUGUUCAUAAUACUGCCAAGUGUCAACUACGAUUUAAAAAAAAAAUAAAUAAAAUUCGAAUUUAAAAACAACAACUUACGUAAGAAAAAAAAAAAUUAAUAAUUAUUGGUAAAGUAUGAUAAACGUAAAAAUUGUUUACUUUACAAUAUAAUAAUACUCUUCAAUGACACAAAUUUUUUAAAUAAAUUGCCUGCCUGAUUGUUUUUACUGACGAUCCGUUUGUCUGCCAAAUUAUUUGCAUGACAAAUAAUAAUUAAUAAAUAUUAAUUAUUUAAAUUAGAAAAAUAUUUGACCCGCCCUCUUCGUACAGCCCUUCAUAUGAUCAUUAAUUAAUUGUUGUCUUUUUUUUUUUUUAUAAAUCUUUAAAAUUUUAUUGUCAAAUCUUUCAUUUACACUUGUUGUUUUUAAAUUAAGACUAAACAUUUCAAACACAACACAACAAUUGACAACACAUAAUUAAAAAAUAUCAUUUUUUUUUUACAAAGUGCACUUUGUUAAUUAUUAAAAAAUAUUAUUAUUAUUAUUAAUUUGAUUAGUAAAAUUUUUUAAGAUGAAUAUAAAAAAUGGGAAAGUUGCAAAGAAUAAAAAAAAAAAUUGUUUAGAAAAAUUAAAAAAAAUUGUGUAAAACUUUUAUUUAAUUAAUUUAUAAAUAAAUGUUUUAAACAAUUUUAAUAAAUUGGUGCUUCGGAAUGUAUUAGACUGAAUUAUUGUUACACGUUUUAUUCAAAAAGAAAUUUUUUAAAAUAUAAAAAAAUUUUGAUGUUAAAUUAUUUCGAUUAAUUAGCAAAAUUUGUUAUUUAAAAAUUAAUUUUAUUUUAAAAAAAUAUUUAUUAUGCGCUUAUGACACAUCUCAAUUAUCAUACACAUAUAAACAUAUACACAAAAAAAAAAAAUCUUGAAAGUUUUGAUGAUACAGUUUCGAAAUAAAUUUUUUUUGUUAAUAAAAUAAAAAUAUUAUACGCUUGCAAUAAUUGUAAAUUAUGAAGGGAUAAAAAAAACAUUAAUAAUUUUACAAUUGAUUAAUUAGACAAUGAAAAUGUUAUGUGCAAAAAAAAAUUAUAGUCUGGUGUUAAAUUGACUUUACGUGAUAAUUGUUACUGUCUAAAAAAAAACUCGCAAGAAAAAUUUAAAAAUUAUUUUAAAAAAAACGUAUGGUCAAUGUUUAAAUAUUCGGCAGCUCAUGUGUGACAUAGUAAAAAAAAAAAAAGAUUAAUUAGAAAAUGAAGUUAAUUCCAAUUUAUUAGAAAAAAAAAAAAAAAACAUAAAUAUACUAAACGAAAAUUUCUAUCAAUUAUUCAUUCGAUUCUUUUUUUUUAUAUUAAAAAUUUUUCAUUAUUAGAUUAUUCUUUUGACUUGGCAUAACAAAAUGCGUCCACACCCUCGGCAGUCCUAAAAUUUCCAUAUGAAAAAGAAAAAAAGAAAAAAAAAACAAACACUUGAAAUGUUUUCAAAUAAAAUACUAGAUAAAAUUGACAUUUAUUUAUCAUUAUUAUUAUUAUUAUUAAAGCUAUAUUAUAGUUUGUUGUAUACACAAUGCGCAUUGUAUAAUACAUAUGUAUUUUUCUUAAACGCGCAGGCCGUCACAAAGAUUAUUACGAAAACAAAAAUAAAUGUAUAAUAAUAUUUAAUAAUAAUAAAAAAUUAAAAAAACAAAAAAAAAAACAAAUUAAA